UCUUUUGCAUAAGCGCUUAUGCAACGAGUUGCGGUAGUCAACAGACCAAUCCGCAUUCUUUCUGACAACGGUCUGAUGGCGGAUGAUUCCGACGAAGAGAAUCGAGGUACAAAACUUGUGAGCAACCAACCCUACGAUGAAUCCUUAGAGAUCCCAGACGCUGAGGAAGUUGCAUCUCAGUACACACCCAGCCCCAGACAGCCUGGUACUCUCCCAGCCCGUGGGAGUGGUCCGCACACCAGUGGCGUCCGGGGCAUAUCCUCACCAGGCUCAAUGGAUGACAACACAGAUGACGAUUUUGAACAGGGUCCCAUGGAAACUAAGGAUAUGGAUGAACCUGCAAAGCCCAUUGCCCAGGCUCCCCAUCAGCGGCAGGCUCCUGUAAGGCAGCAGGUGCCAUCUGAUGAUGACGAGGACGAUGAAGAUGAUGAUGACGAUGAAGACGGGAGCGAUUCAUCAGAGGAGGACGACGAAGAAGAAGAAGGGCGGAAUAUGGCUCUGGAGGGAGCAUAUGAUCCAGCUGAGUAUGAGAACCUGCCCGUCAGCUCUGACAUCAAGGAACUGUUCCAGUAUAUCACUCGCUACACGCCUCAGACCAUAGAGCUGGAGCACAAACUGAAGCCGUUUAUUCCUGACUACAUUCCAGCCGUGGGAGACAUCGAUGCCUUCAUUAAGAUCCCCCGGCCUGACAGCCAGCCAGACACCCUCGGCCUGACGGUUCUAGACGAGCCCUGCGCUAAGCAGUCAGACCCCACGGUGCUGGACCUCACACUGCGUGCCAUCUCCAAGCAGACCACCACCAAGGCAGCCCAAGUCCGUAGCAUCGAGGAGGCCAGCAAGAACCCCAAGCUGGUCCAGAACUGGAUCGAGAGCAUCAGCAACUUGCACCGCUCCAAGCCGCCUCCGACAGUCCACUACAACAAAACGAUGCCGGACAUCGAAUCCCUGAUGCAAGAGUGGCCACCAGAGUUCGAGGAGCUGUUGAAGCGCGUGGGGCUGCCAACGGCCGACAUGGCCUGCGACCUGGACCAGUACGUGGACAUGGUGUGCGCCAUCCUAGACAUCCCCGUCUACCAGAGCAGGGUGCAGGCUCUCCACGUGCUCUUCACGCUCUACUCGGAGUUCAAGAAUUCUCAGCACUUCAAGAACCUGGCCGAGGAGAACAAGUUGGACAACAAGCUGAAGCACGGCGGUGGGGCAGACGGCAAUGGGGAUGACUAUGGGGGGCACCUCAGGGGCUGGUGGGGAGGACGUUGAUAGAUUAGUUUUCUGAAAUUCAGGGGAUGUUUGAUACAGAGAUCUCCCUCUGAUAUCUAGAGUACCUUAUCCUCAUUCUCAUACAGUGAAUACUUUCAAACCGUCCAGGGGUGUGGAAUUUAUGCCACUGCGUACCGGUACAUUUUUAAAGUGUAUUGAAACAGGGUGGAACAUAAUUUUAAAUAAUGUGUUCCAAAUAGGCAAGACAAUGAGAAAUUUCAAACAUCACAGCCCAAACUACAUGUAUUCAUGGCACAUAGUACUACUGACUUGACAUUCUGGUGUUUGGGCACUGACACGUUAAUGCGGAGUCCAUGAAUGCAUGUGCAAGUGGACAUCCAGGUACUUUGUAUCUUCAAACCGUGCAUACAUUGUGCCAUUUGGAGUUUUGCUCUACUUUGUAUGCAAACAUGGUUGGCUGCAGCGGGCAAGCUGGCACUCAAGCAGUUGCAUGUGACGACUGUGCGGUUUUGUGAAGUUUGUCUUUCGUACAUAUGGACCUGAGUUCUUAACCCUAACCUUCCCCAUUCACACAAAGUUAAACACCCAUAUGGGACUUUGUGCACAGAGGCUGUUGGACUUUGUUUUUCUGAGGUAUGCCAAACCCAAUGCAGAAGCCAGCUGCUAUGGGCCUAUCGGUACCAGACCUUUCCCCACAGAACUAAACACUUCUACUGUUUAAUUCUGUGUGGUUGGGGAAGGCUAGGGUCAAGGGGAAAAUUCCCACACCCCCAUUAAGGUCCAAAAAGGCCUACAUAUAGCUCUUUAAGAUUAAAAGUAAAAUUGAACAAGGACCAGUUACAGGUGUUAUCCCUCUGUUUGUAUUUAGACUGGUGACCUGAUUUCACUUAGCUGACACUGAGGAGUACUUCAUAAAAUGAGGCUAUAACAGUUAUUGUGGCAUUUUUGGAUGGUUAUUUUGUGUGGAACUGCAACAAUUGUGUUGACAAAACGUGUAACAUUCAGCCUUUAACAUACAUGUACAUGUAUCGAAGGCUGUUGGCAGCUGAAGAUGGUCUGGGUUUGCAUGGUCCUGUUUACUCAAAGGUUGAGUUCCAGCGGCCUGUUCUUGACACGGGUUUCUCAUUCGAACGUUCAAACAGUGGGAACUCGACUCAAGAACACUGUUCUUGGAACAGAAUCACACACCACCUCCUUGUCAGGGUUGUACAGGAACACGGAAAAACUUGUGAGAUUUUGAUUUUUGAACAGCUGCAAAAACCAGAGAGAUGGUAAGUUAUAAUGCUAGAGACAAUGGGAAGUUUUGUAAAAUUAACAUAAAUUCUUUUCCGUAACACAGAAAUGAAUUCAGCCGAAUAAUGUACAUGGAUGCCCACGCCACGUUGCAUGUUGCUUACCUCUAACUGCCUGCAAUAACCAGUUGUUUGUUCCUGGCAUUCGAGCAGCCAACCCACGAACAACAAAUCGAGCUGUUGGUGAACAUACGUGUACAAGAACAAGCCGCCCAAACUCAGCCAUUGUGCCGUCCCAUUGUUCCUGUGAUGGGAGGCAGGGCGCCCUCUGUGGUUCAUGUGCACAGGUACAUGUAAUUGGCACAAUGGAAAUAAGCCCACUCUGACCCCUUUGUGAUACAUGUACAUGUAAUAAGAUGAUAAAAACCAUUGAAGAGGCCUAGGGCUUCAGGGUUUUCUUCAGAAAUCACACAUUUUUCAACAAGGACCCUUUGGCACUGACAUGACGGGUUGCACAUUCAGUCCCUUUCUCAGGAAUCUUGGGAAGUUAGUUUUGUUAGGGAUUUUAAAAUGAAACAUGGUUGCAUUGCUAAUAAAGACCAGCGACAAAUUGUUCAGGGAGUGUCUUGUAAUGCAGAACACUUCAUCACUCGAGAGAUGCUAUUAAGACUAAGAGGCAUGCAGCCUUCCUGUUACAUGUAGUGUAGUUGAUGCCAAAUCUCUGGCAGUUUGUUCAUUUUUGGCCCCAAAAUGCAGUCAGAAAUGUACAUGCAAAACCUUGUAUGCAGCGUCAUUCAUUACAAUCAAAACACUGUAUCACUAACCUUAACCCCAGGGGUAUAAAUGUAUUUCCUACUGAAAUUGGAGGAUCGAGGACCAUUAGGGUUACAUACUGUACAUGUAUAUGUACAAUGUACAUCCAUAAUGUGCUUUCCAGUGUUUGCAAUGAAUGAGGUCCAUUACCAGGUUUUGGCCGACUGUUUGUACUGAAAACCUCAUACAAGUAAUGCAAUCCAAGAGCCGUAAUUCUGUCUGUCUCUUUAUUCAUAAACUGUGUAUAAUAUGGUGUACAAAAUCUAUUAUCUGAGUACUAGUCCGAGUAAAAUCUUUUUAAAAAAUUACAAAAGUAGACAGUUACUAUUCCAAGUUAAAAAUAGUUUGGUCAUAUUUAGAUACAUGUACUUCAGUAAAUUUUGUCUGUUACAUUGUACCUAUUGACAUGACCUGAUAACUACAUGUAAACUGAUAUUUAGGUCACAAAUAUAUGUAAAUGUACAUGUAUUGCUCUGCCUCAUCUUAAUGGAACACAUUCUGCUGACUGUGAAAGACACGAGUUAGGCAGCAUUUGGUAAUGUCACCUUUGGCACAUGUACAUGUACAUGUAACUUGGACAUUGCCAAUCUCAUGUACAUUGUGUAAAAAAAACAACACUACACAAGAAGAUGUAAAAUGUACAAAUUGCAGAAUCAGAGUAACAUUGGACAUUAUCUUAAAGCAAACCUGAAUUCCCAAUUCUGAUUGGUCGAUCCAUGGCAACAGUGUGGCAUACAACUGUACUGCAAGGUUCAUGUUAAACCCGCAUAAUGAGCUGUUUGAACUCGAUGUAAAAUGCAUUGCACGGCUGCAAAAUUUACUGUAAAAUCAAAGCAGCCGGCACGUUUCCACUAAUUAUCUUCAUUGCAAGUCAAGUUUACUUGAAGAUACAUGUACAUGUAAAUUAUUUCUCACGUUCAUGCUUGUGAAACACAAUAAUGUAGUCCAUCUGUGUCCCACUAGAGCUUGUGUGAUAACUAAUAAUGUCACACAUCUUCAAAUCUUUGGAUACAGUAUGUCAGAAAGUUGACGCUUAAUUCAUCAGGACACCUCUGAUACAUGUAACAUGUCAUGCACAUCAUUGUACAUUUACUUGGUACAGGAUCAAUUGUAAGUAUGCAAGUAAGCAUAAAUAAAAUCUCAAAUCGUGAAAAGGCUUGAGUAUAGAUGGUUA